CUGACAGGUGUUGUUUUGCUGUACGGCAAAAUAUUGUAAAACGAUAAUUUUAUUCAAAUUAUUGAAGUAAACAAACAAAAUGACUCUUUUAGAAGAUACUUUGAUCAUUCUGAUAUCCCAGACGUUUUUCUUCGUCGGCGGCUGGAUAUUUUUCGUGAAGCAGUUAUUUCGCGACUAUGAAGUCCACCACACGAUGGUGCAGCUCAUAUUCUCAGUCACAUUCGCCCUCAGUUGCACUAUGUUUGAGCUAAUUAUUUUUGAAAUCAUUGGUUACUUGGAUUCAAGCUCGAGAUACUUCCAUUGGAACCUGGGACUUUACUCACUGCUCUUUAUGGUUAUAGCACUAAUACCUUUUUAUAUCGCAUAUUUUUGCAUUAGCAAUGUCAGAUUUGUCUCCCAAAAUAUGAUAAGACCACUAACAAUGUUUGUGUGGUUCAUCUAUUUGUAUUUCUUCUGGAAAAUAGGAGACCCAUUUCCUAUUUUGAGUCCUAAACAGGGAAUAUUCUCCAUAGAGCAGGGAGUGUCUCGGAUUGGAAUCAUUGGAGUGACCGUCAUGGCUCUGCUCUCUGGUUUUGGUGCUGUCAACUAUCCGUACACAUCUAUGGCUAUUUUCAUAAGACCCGUCACCCAAUCCGACGUAUUGUCAAUAGAGAAGAAACUCCUCCAAACAAUGGACAUGAUUUUGGUGAAGAAGAAAAGGAUAGCACUAGCCGAAGCGAACAGUGUGGGAGGGAGACAGAAUUACAGCAUGAUGGACCAGUUGAACGUGAAGAAUAAGGGUGGUUUCUGGACGAAUAUACUGUCAAGUGUUGGAAGUAUAGCGAAUCCUUUAGGACAGGGCACAGAAAACAUAAACCAGCUCCGGCAAGAGAUAGCCGGCCUAGAGGAACUAAGCCGACAGUUGUUCUUAGAAGCUCACGACGCCCGCACUAUGCGCGAGAAAAUCGAAUGGUCUCACACCUUCCAGGGGAAGUAUUUCAACUGCCUCGGGUAUUUCUUCUCGCUGUACUGCAUAUGGAAGAUAUUUAUUUCAACAAUUAACAUAGUGUUCGACCGCGUCGGCAAGAAGGACCCAGUCACUCGCGGGCUUGAGCUCGUGGUGCACUGGCUCGGGCUGCGCAUCCACGUGGCUUUCUGGUCGCAGCAGCUGUCCUUCGCAUUGGUUGGAUGUAUUCUACUUACUAGCAUACGGGGGCUACUGCUCACGCUCACCAAGUUCUUCAACAAGAUCUCCUCAUCAAAAUCAUCGAACAUCAUCGUUCUUAUCUUGGCCCAAAUAAUGGGCAUGUACUUCUGUUCGUCAGUACUAUUGAUGCGGAUGAAUAUGCCUCCAGAAUACCGGAUCAUCAUCACCCAGGUGUUAGGAGAUCUGCAGUUUAACUUCUACCAUAGAUGGUUCGACGUUAUAUUCUUAGUUAGUGCCUUGACGAGUAUAUUUACGCUGUAUUUGGCACAUAAACAGCCUUCGGUGAGUUAGGGCGUGUAGUUGUUGAUAAGUACAAUGAUUUGUAAAGUUUAAAAUUUAAUUUAUAGGUCUAUUCCACCUUGAACACCUGUAUUAGAUAGAUCACCCAGGUGAUCAAAGUGAC